AUGUUUGAUACAGACGUUUUUUCUAAAACAUCAAAAACUCGUCCAGUUAGUGAUGUUUUACAUAUAAUUAUUUUACUUAUAAUUAUUAAAUUAUUAAAAACAUUUGGUUUAUUUAUAACAUACGAUUUAUUAAAAUCUUAUCAUGUUGUUUUAAUAUUAUUUCUUACAACAUUAUUUACUUCUAUUUGUUUAUUAUUUAUUCAAAAACCAUUUUCAUCAUUUCGACCAAAUAAAAUUUUAAUUUAUCGUUUAAUUAAAUAUACAAUAUGUCUUACAAUAAUACGUCUUCUUUGGUUAUUUGGUUUAACAUUAUGUGGUCCAUUACGAACAAUUUUAUUAUAUGAACAUAGUGAUAUUGUUAUAAUAGCAUGUUUUCAAGCUCUAUUUUCAUCAUCAUCUAUUGGUCCACAAGGACAAACAUCACGUAUACGUGGUGUUGUAUUUUUUAUUUUAGCUGUUUUAGCUAUAUUUGCAUUUGAUAAUGAUGAUUCAAGGCAAAAUAUUGAUCAUCCUGAAGGUCAUUUACAUCAUCGGUUUUUUGCACAUAUUUUUUAUCAAUUAACAUCAUUAAUUGGUGUUGCUGAUCAUAAAGGUGGAGUUAUUUUAUUAUUAAUUGCUUUAUUUUUUCGUUGUGGAUUAAAUUCAUGGAGUAAAAAAUUAGUAAUAGAUGUAGGUGGACAAAAAAAAUUUUAUGCUAUAACAACAUGUUUAUCAACAAUAUGUCUUAUACCAAUGUCAUUCAUUAUUUUAUUAUUUAAUAAUCUUUUUCCGGAUUCAAUUGAUUCAAUACGUUCAACAUUUCAAACAACAAUAUCAACAACAAUAACAUCAUCAUUAUUUGAUAAUAUAUCAUCAUUAAUUAUACCAAUUAUUCUUAUAACAUUAUUUUUAUUUAUAUUAGAUUUUUAUGUUGAACAAUUAGCUAUUAUUAAACUUGAUCGUAUACGAACAUUUCGAUAUGGUACAUUAACAAUGAUAUUUAGUUCAUUUAUUAUUUCAUUUAUUUGGGUUAAAACAAUACGAAUAACAAGUAAUAAUAUAUGGUUUGGACGAAUGAUGCAAAUUGAAGAACAUGAAUUAUCUGGUGGUGUUGUUUUUGCUGUUAUUAUGUUUGCAUUUGCAACAGAUCUUUUAAUAAGUCCAAUAAAACAACGAUCAGGUGCAUUUAUUGGUUAUAAUCAAGAAGGUGUACCUUUAUUUAAUUUAACACAUCAAAAAUCUCAAUCAUUAUUACUUAUAUUAAAAUCAAGUUUAAGAGAUAUACUUGCAGAAUCGGAUUCAAGAAGAAUUUUUUAUUUUCUUUGUAUUAAUCUAAUGUUUACAUUUGUUGAACUUCUUUAUGGAGCUUGGACAAAUUCAUUAGGUUUAUUAAGUGAUGGUUUUCAUAUGUUAUUUGAUUGUACAGCACUUGUUGUUGGUCUUUAUGCAGCACUUAUGUCCCGUUGGAAACCAACACGGGUGUUUUCAUAUGGUUAUGGACGAGUAGAAGUUCUUUCGGGUUUUGUUAAUGGUUUAUUUCUUGUUGUUGUGGCUUUUUUUGUUUUCUAUGAAGCAAUCGGUCGUCUUUUUGAACCACCAGAAAUUAAUACAAAUCGUUUAUUAUUCGUAUCUGUUGCUGGAUUUGCUGUUAACAUGAUUGGUAUAUUUUCAUUUAGUCAUGCACAUGCACAUGCUCAUGGCGGUGGUGGUGGUGGUGGUAGUUGUCCAAUGAGUCAACCAACUCCAACUAAAGAACAACAUCAUCAUGGUCAUUCUCAUGAUCAUUCACAUUCACAUUCACAUGGUAGUAGUAGUCAUGAUCAUGAACAUUCACAUGGAUCAAAUGAAAAAUCAAGUCAUCAUGGACAUAGUCAUGCAUUGACAGACAAUGCAAAUAUGAGAGGCGUCUUUCUUCACGUAUUAGCAGACACAUUGGGAAGUGUUGGUGUAAUUAUAUCAUCAUUACUUAUUCAAUAUUUUGGUUGGAAUAUAUCAGAUCCAAUAUGUUCAUUAUUUAUUUCUAUAAUGAUUUUUCUUUCUGUAAUUCCAUUCUUAAAAGAAAGUGCAAUGACACUUUUAUUACAAACUCCAUCAAAUAUUCAAUAUGAAAUACUUGAUCGAAUACUUAAACUUGAUCAAGUACAAUCAUAUUCAGAUGAACAUUUUUGGAAUCUUUCAUCAUCGCUGACAGUUGGAACAAUUCAUAUACAAAUUGCAAAUGAUGGUGAUGAACAACGUGUUACAGCUCAAGUUCAAACAAUUCUAAAAGAAGCUCAAAUACAAAAUGUAGCUAUUCAAGUUGAAAAACAAGCAUUUUUUAAUCAUUUAAAUGGACUUAAUUCUGCUCUUGGUCAAUUAGCAUCAUCACAAAGAACAUUUUCACAUAGAUGA